AUGUACGGGUUUGAGGGCGAAGUGAAGUCAAAGUACAACGCUGAUAUGGCAGACAGCUUUACUGAAGUUUUCAAUUGGCUUCCACUUUACAGCGGGCUCAUGUGUGAAUUGCUUUGGUCCGACCCCAUGGAUGGCAAAGGCAGGGCUCCGUCCAAGCGAGGUGUCGGAUGCCAGUUCGGUCCGGAUAUCACGGAGGACUUCUGCAAACGCAACGGCCUCGACAUGAUUAUCCGAAGCCAUGAAGUGAAGAACGAGGGCUAUGAGGUAGCCCACGGCGGUCGCUGCAUAACCGUCUUCUCUGCGCCGAACUACUGCGACACCAUGCACAACCGUGGCGCUUUCAUAGUGUUCCGGGGAUCCAAGAAACCGGGUGAAAUGAAACCCGAGUUCACAAGCUUCAAGGAGGUACCUCAUCCGCAGGUUAGGCCCAUGGCCUAUGCAAACUCUCUGCUCUCCUUGCUGGUGUAG